UCAGUUCUUUCCUGUUGUCUCAUCAACUCCUCGAAAUAACUUCUCCAGCCUUUCAGCGCAUUGCCAUCAUGUCUCUUGACAACUGUUCCAUCGAGUACUCGGAUGUCGAUUGCGAGAAUUCGUCCGACAGUGGAUUUUCCAUCUCUUCCUCGGAAAUUCCGAGUGAACCAGUUCUCCCUCGAGUUGGAAUUUUGCUUCCGCUUUUCUGUGUAGAGUUCGUUCCUAUUCAGCUGUUGGUUCCGUGUUACUUGCCCAUCAAUGAAGCUCCGGAUCAACAAGUCAGCCCUGUCCAGUCUAAGCAUCAACUCAUCAAGUGGUCGCUACCUCCUCCAUCUCCGGCACCUGUUGCUCUUCCUGGAUGGAAUCCGAUGCCUUAUGGAUUGGAAACAUUUUGGCAGAGCGCUUUCUGCUGGUUCUUCCGUCCCUUUCUGACCGGACACGGACAUCUGUGGACACUGGAGCCAACGCAACUUCCUCCGCUUUCCGUCGAGUGGCCAUGGCAUUCCAUUUCUUACUUGGCUAAAGUUCGAUUCCAGUGCAAGUGCAAGCGAUCAUGGACAUCCAUGAAGGGUCGAGUGGCCUUUUGGUUCCGUAUCCGACGACAAGGCGAAGAAAUCUUCUGUGAAGUUUUGUUCAAAUUGUUUGGACAGAAAUGCAGUUCUUGCAACCCUUCAGUCUCAGUCGAUGAGUCUGAAUUCCUGCUUCCGCUGUGGUAUCCCGAUGAAAUCGAAAAUGCCAUCAGAUUCCUUUCAGGCCAAGUCAUCGCUGCUUAUUACGGAGGAAGGAAGGUGAAUGAUCAGCCGCUGAGUGUUCGUUUCCAGAGCAGCAAGCCCAUCAGCGACCGUUCAUCGGUUCACCAUGAUGCCACUCGUUGCCAAGCUUGUCAAUAUGGAUUAUGUUUAACUUCUCAAUCUUUUUCUAUUUGACUGGAAACCUCCGUUGCCAUUUGACUAAUCGCUGUAUCUGAACAUAAUCGUGUCCUAUUUUUGUAGUUCGAAUAUACACCUUUCUGGUAUUUUUAAGUAAAAUUUUCCGUCUUAUAGCAGAAUUAUUUGCUUCAGUUAUGCAACAAAUUACAAUUGUAUAAAAGAGUGGCUGUGACAACGUGGUCGUCACAAUGCCAAAAACAAUUGGAAAAUGAAAAUAAGCCAGUCGUAUUCACCUAAUUAUUGUUCAUAUAAAGUUACUAGUUUAAUGAGAAAUACGAGAAACUACGGUAACUUGCUUUCUUUAAAAAUUUUUGUUAAACAUGCGCAAGUGUGGUAAGUGCGCAGCGCGUACGUCAUUCAAAAAAGAUGUUGGCUCGACUUGGGUCUUUCAACCCGUCGUGUUUCAGUAUAAAUGUGUCACAGGUGUUAUCGAAAGAAAAGAAAAAAAAACUGCGAUUAAUUGAUAGCAGCUUUCUCCAAAACGUUUUAGAUAAGCAACAGAUAUUAUCGCGUGCGACGCACGUUGGACUAACCGGAUGUCGGGUGUUUAGCUAUGACGCUACUGAACGCACACUCAUCGACCAGCAACACAAAAUUGCACUUACGGUUUUUUUUUGUCCACGUACUCAGGGCCACGACGAUGAAAAAUACAUG